AUGGAACUUUGUACGUCGUUCGAGUUUUCAAUCACUGCGGAAUUCGUCGAAACAGCUCGAAGGCGACAACAAGCAAUUCUGCUAGCUGAUCAGGGGGUGCUAAUCAAUACCAACAAUGAUACGAACCUACCAAAGCAGCGGGUUCUCAGACGGCAGUUGGUGCGCUCGAAGGGUUUCGUGCAGCAGAUAUUUGCCGCAUCCAAGGAGCACAAUGUGGAGAGCGAUCCAAAACUGAAAAAUGUUCGGCUAACUGAGCUGAUCGUCGAUUUGCGAGAUGCUGUUUUGCAUAUCUGCAGAUAUUUCAUUGACUGUGAUGAAUCACUGGGAAGCGCCAUCAAUUUGCAGGCUGACUAUUCGCUGAAUGGCCAGCAAAAUGAAAAGGAGGAAUUUUUGAAUUCUCGGCGUCGUGGCUAUCGCCGUGCUCGAGCACUGCUGGAUUUUCAGCGCCAGGAUGAGGAUGAGCUGGGUUUCAGGAAGAACGAUAUUAUAGAUGUAAUUUGUGAAAAAGAUGAGCACUGCUGGAUUGGUGAACUGAAUGGAUUGAGGGGCUGGUUCCCCGCAAAAUUCGUUGAGGUAGUAGAUGACCGUGGGCCUGAUUACACAAUUUACGGCGAUGAAGCAGUUUGUCCUGAAAUAACCGAAAAAAUUCGUGGACGCUUGGCUUCAGCGCUGAAACCUGUCCUUGAGCAUGGAUUACGAAAAUUCGGCGUUUUGAAUUUUGCUUCGCAUCCUUGGCUGUUUAUCGAAGAGAUCUCGCAGAGCUUUGUGCAGAAGCAUUAUAAUGCGGUGUAUUCUCGUUUAACGCUCUGCACCACGUUCAGCUUGGAUCAGGACGGAAAGGUGCUCACGCCAGAGGAGCUACUAUUUCGGGCGGUAAAACUGAUCAACGAAUCUCAUAAUGCAGUGGGUGCGCAAAUGGACGUGAAAUUCCGCUCGCUGGUUGCUCUUGCAGUUAGCGAGCAGUGCCUCCAUCUGUGGUUUGCAUUGCUAUGCAGUUGUCCGGAGCAGGACCAGAUCAGAACGAAGUAUUAUCACUCGUGGUCAUUCGUGCGCUCGCCGAUAUGGAGGCAGAUUAAAUGCGAGUUGCGACUGCUGGCACAGUUCUCAUUCAACUUGAGCGUCGAUUUCGAAGUUGCAGGUAUUGCCAGGCAAAAGAAGAAUCUGAAUUCGAUGUGGAAGAAAAAGGUCCUUUCGCAGAUGCGACCGGAGACAAUUCGAAGUUCAUUUGAUCAACCGCUGAAAGAAGGCGUUCGUGAUAUGCUCAUCAAGCACCAUUUGUUCAGCUGGGACUUGUAG